AUGCCUAUCACGGCCGCAGAGUACAACACUUUCUACUUCAUCGCCAAACUCAUCCGCCAAGUGUUCCCGGGGCACAGAUUGUAUGUCGCCCGUGAAAAGAACCUAGCCGGCAAGGUUAUAAGCUACCACGCCGGGGUAGCGAAGUAUGAAGGCAAGGUGAUGAAGGACAUCAUCAUGGCUAGCGGUAAUGCGAAGAAACGCGUCGAUGCACUAGACACGCUUUUGGGAGAUCUGGAGGAUUACGCGCACGAUAACUUUGAGCAGAUCGAGGCGGAACGGCGGGCUAGGGAUGCUGAACUUGAUGCUGAACUUGAUGCCAUGGAACCAUCCAGUGAAGAGGAAGACGAGGGAGGGAAGAGGAAAGGCAAGGCGCCGGGUGGAAGUGGUCCAGACAAAAAGCCCCGGUUAGACACCGACCAGUCUCUAGAGAAGGGGGACGCGGAAAUGUCUGGUAAACGCAAGUCAAGUGAGGACUCUUCACCAGUUCGGGUGAAGGCAAGAGCGAAGCGAGAGGAUAGAGAUUUGAAGGAAGGGACAAGGGGCGGUCAGGGUGAUGUGCAGACUUCCAUCACAGACCUCGAGUUCCAGACCUUCUACGUCGUAACCAAGCUUCUCGACGCCGUCUAUCCAAAUGGCAAAUUGUACGUUUCCCACGGCUUGAGCACUGACAGGGAUUCUUACCGGUAUCGUGCCGCUGUAGUAGAGUCAAAAAUAGAGUCUUCAGGUAGUGUCAAGAGACGACUACUCUCGCAGGUCGAAACAGCCAAAACUCGGAUUGGUGUUCUAGAAGCCGUGCGGAAGAGGCUUGAGGAAAUCGCGUCCUGGAGACUCGACGUGAUCAUAAGCGACAAGGAAAGAGAUGAUGUGGAAGAAAACGAACGGAAGAGGAAGAACUUGGUGAGUUGCGAAGCAGCGUAUGAAGAAGCUAGGAGGAGAGCGGAGAGCGGAACAGGGCUGGUCUCAGCUGCAGGAGAAGCUUUGACGAUGGAAGAUAUCGCCAGAGAAAUUGGGGUAGAGUUUAUUCCACAGAAGCCUUGGUAG